CGCCUCCCGCCGCCUCCCGCCGCUUCCCGGCGCCUCUCCCCGCUUCCCAGCCCUCAUUCCGGCCGCUCCUUCCCGCCAUGUCGCGGCGGCGACACAGCGACGACAGCGAUGGGCAGCCCCAUAAGAGGCGGAGGACGUCCGAGCCGUCGGAGAUCGAGGAGAGGCUCGAGUCGCUCAUCUGCAGGGUGGGAGAGAAGAGUAAUUCGUCUUUGGAGAGCAACUUGGAGGGCCUAGCUGGUGUUUUGGAAGCUGAUCUGCCCAAUUACAAAAGCAAGAUACUCAGAAUACUGUGCACUGUCGCACGUCUGUUACCAGAAAAGCUUACUGUUUACACCACACUGGUUGGGUUGCUGAAUGCCAGAAACUACAAUUUUGGUGGAGAAUUUGUAGAAGCCAUGAUUCGUCAGCUUAAAGAAUGUCUGAAAGUCAAUAUGUAUAACGAAGCUGUGCACUUAGUUCGUUUUCUGUCUGAUCUUGUGAAUUGUCAUGUAAUAGCUGCACCUUCGAUGGUAGCUAUGUUUGAGAACUUUGUGAGUGUGACACAGGAGGAGGAUGUACCCCAAGUGCGAUGUGACUGGUAUAUGUUUGCAUUUCUGUCAUCUUUGCCCUGGGUUGGAAAGGAGUUAUAUGAGAAAAAGGACGCUGAAAUGGAUCGUCUCUUGUCUCAGACAGAAAGUUAUUUGAAACGCCGCCAGAAGAUUCACGUACCCAUGCUGCAGGUGUGGACGGCUGAUAAACCACAUCCACAAGAAGAGUAUUUAGACUGCCUUUGGUCUCAGAUUCAGAAGCUGAAAAAAGACCGUUGGCAGGAGCGACACAUUCUGAGGCCCUACUUGGCUUUUGACAGCGUUCUUUGUGAAGCUCUGCAACACAAUCUGCCUCCGUUCACCCCUCCACCUCAUACUGAAGAUUCAGUAUACCCGAUGCCAAGGGUUAUUUUUAGGAUGUUUGACUACACAGAUGACCCUGAGGGUCCUGUCAUGCCUGGCAGCCACUCCGUUGAACGAUUUGUAAUAGAAGAGAACCUCCACUGCAUCAUCAAAUCCCACUGGAAGGAGAGAAAGACUUGUGCUGCACAGCUGUUGAGCUAUCCAGGAAAUAACAAGAUCCCCUUGAACUACCACAUUGUAGAGGUGAUAUUUGCAGAAUUGUUUCAGCUUCCAUCCCCACCGCACAUUGAAGUCAUGUACACAACGCUCCUGAUUGAAUUGUGCAAACUUCAGCCUGGCUCUUUACCACAAGUUCUUGCACAAGCCACAGAAAUGCUCUACAUGCGCUUGGAUACCAUGAAUACAACGUGUGUGGACAGAUUUAUUAACUGGUUUUCUCACCACUUGAGCAACUUUCAGUUCCGUUGGAGCUGGGAAGAUUGGUCAGAUUGUCUUACUCAGGACCUUGAAAAACCCAAACCCAAAUUUGUGAGAGAGGUUUUGGAAAAGUGCAUGAGACUCUCCUACCAUCAGCGAAUAAUAGACAUUGUUCCUGCAAGUUUUUCUGUCCUCAGUCCUGCUAAUCCAGUGUGCAUUUACAAAUAUGGAGAUGAAAGUAAUAGGUCUCUUCCUGGAUAUACUGUGGCACUCUGUUUGACAAUUGCCAUUAAAAACAAGGCCAGCAAUGAUGAAAUCUUCAGCAUUUUAAAAGAUGUGCCUAAUCCAAACCAGGAUGAUGAUGAUGGUGAAGGAUUUUCUUUCAACCCUCUGAAAAUAGAAGUCUUUGUUCAGACUCUGCUCCACCUAGCUGCCAAGUCUUUCAGCCACUCCUUCAGUGCCCUGGCAAAGUUUCAUGAAGUCUUCAAAACCCUUGCUGAAAGUGAUGAGGGGAAACUCCAUGUGCUAAGGGUUGUGUAUGAGGUUUGGAAGAAUCAUCCACAGAUGAUUGCUGUGCUUGUGGACAAGAUGAUUCGGACACAAAUUGUCGACUGUGCUGCAGUAGCAAACUGGAUCUUUUCUUCAGAGCUUGCACAUGAUUUUACUAGGUUUUAUAUCUGGGAAAUCUUACACUCCACGAUUCGUAAGAUGAAUAAGCAUGUCCUGAAGAUUCACAAAGAACUGGAGGAGACUAAGGCAAGAUUGGCCAGGCAGCACAAAAGACGAGACAGUGAUGAUGACGAUGAUGAUGAUGACCGAAGCACUGAUCGAGAAGAUGGACCACUAGAAGAGCAGAUAGAGCGCUUGCAGGAGAAGGUGGAGUCAGCCCAGAGCGAGCAGAAGAAUCUCUUCCUUGUCAUAUUCCAGCGUUUCAUUAUGUUGUUAACGGAGCACUUGGUGCGCUGCGAGACCGGUGGGAUUGAUGUGUUUACACCUUGGUACAAGAGCUGUAUAGAGAGGUUGCAGCAGAUCUUCCUGCAGCACCACCAGAUAAUCCAGCAGUACAUGGUGACCCUGGAGAACCUCCUGUUUACAGCUGAACUGGACCACCAUAUUCUGGCUGUGUUUCAGCAGUUCUGUGCUCUGCAGGCCUGAGGGAUUGUUCACGGACAGAGUCUUGUCCGCAGGACUUCAACGAAUUUUAAUUUUUUUUUUUAAUAGCAAAACUUAACAUGGGGAUGGAAGAAUUUUUUGAGUAAAACUGGCUUUCAUGUGCUCCUAUAUAAAACAGUAGAGUACUCUAAACAAACAACAAACUGUGUAAGCAUCAUAAGCCUUAAAAGAUAUGAUCUAUAGGGGAUAUUUGUGAAGUAAAGUAUUAAUUCUUUUUGUUGUCUUUUAAUUUAGUAUGACUCUUCGCUUCAUGAUAGUGACUUUGUUUCUCCCCUCUUGCCUAUAUAAAAAUUGGGCACAACCCCCCUUUCUCCCCCC